AAUCAAGGGAAAUUGACUUCCUUUAUAUGGUUUGAAGAAAACGACAAUCGUUUUGUUGCGCUUUUGUGGCAGAGAAGAUUAGUCAUGGAACGACAGACCUGGGUGUUCCUUAUGGUACUUGCUUUUUUAGCUAAUGGAUGCGAUGCUUUAACCAAAGCGCAAAUGAAAAAAUCUGCAGCAGCGUUCAAAAAGAAGUGUAUGGCCAAAGAAAAUGUCUCAGAAGAUAUGAUCGGAGACAUAGAAAAAGGAAAGUUUAUCGAGGACAAAGGAGUCAUGUGCUAUAUUGCGUGCAUUUAUCAAAUGGCUAAUGUCGUUAAAAAUAACAAACUAAGCUAUGAAGCAUCCAUAAAACAGAUCGAUAUAAUGUAUCCCGCCGAGUUGAAGGAACCUGCCAAAAAAUCGGUGGAAGCAUGUAAGGACGUAUGUGAGUAUCUCUACCUAAUGAUUCAUGUUGUAGUAUUAAAUACGAUCAACCGGGGUGAAUAG